AGCGCAGGAGUGAAGACGGCGCCUGCAGCGCCCUGAGUCGGCGAAAUCCGCGCCGCUGUCCGCCAAGAGCCCACCUGCCGUCCCGCGACACGCCAGAGCAAAAAGUGGGGCUUGUCACUGUCCUGCUCAGUCAGUGCCCGGGGCUACGGGCGCUCUCGCCUCAAGUAGUUUGGAGUUCAAACCUCGGCUCAGUCCCCAGCCCCUCGCGCUUCGGAGUGUCCCCCCCGCGACGCAGGGAGUGGACGCACCACCGGGACCUCGCUAUGGCAGGGGCGCGCAGGCUGCUCUGUCUGUGGCUGGUCUGCUUCUGCGUUAGCCUGGCGCAGGGAGAGAGACUGAAGCAGCAUUUCCCGGAGCUCAGCAAGACUGUGCCAGGUGACCUCUCAGCAGGUAGUGUUCCCGGCCCGGUGCUGCGGCCGCACGACAAGGUGUCGGAGCACAUGCUGCGGCUCUAUGACAGGUACAGCGGCGGCAAGGCCAAGGCGGCGCGGACACCAGGGUCCCCAGAGCGAGGCGCGCAGCCCCUGCGCCCCCAGCCCCUGCGCGAAGGCAACACUGUUCGCAGCUUUCGAGCUGGAGCAGCAGGAACCCUUGAAGGCAAGGGUCUGCAUAUUUUUAACAUGACUUCUCUAACCAAGUCUGAAAACAUUUUAUCUGCCACACUGCAUUUCUAUAUCGGAGAGCUGACGAAUACCAGCCUGAGUUGUCCAGUGUCAAGAAAAUGCUCCCAUCAUGCCCAGAGGAAACAUGUUCAGAUCGAUCUCUCUGUAUGGAUCCUCAAAUCCAACAGAAACCAAAGUCGACUUCUGGGUCAUCUUUCAGCAGAUGUGGCCAAACCUCAUCGAGAUGGUGCAUCUUGGCUGUCUAAAGACAUCACUCAACUCUUGAGGAAGGCCAAGGAAAGUGAGGAGUUCCUCAUAGGAUUUAACAUAACUUCCAAAGGACACCAGCUGCCAAAGAAGAUGUUAUCAUUUCCUGAGCCAUAUAUCUUGGUAUAUGCCAACGAUGCUGCCAUUGCUGAACCUGAGAGUGUGGUAUCAAACUUCCAAGGUCACCGGAAUUUUCCCACUGGAUCUGUGCCCAAAUUGGAUAGCCAUAUUAGGGCUGCCCUUUCUAUUGAACGGAGGAAGAAGCGUUCUACUGGGGUCCUGCUGCCUCUGCAGAACAAUGAGCUUCCUGGUGCAGAAUAUCAAUAUAAGGAGGAUGGGGUAUGGGAGGAAAGAAAGCCAUACAAGACCCUUCAGACUCAGCCCCCUGAGAAGAGUAAGAACAAGAAGAAACAGAGAAAGGGACCUCAUCAGAAGAGCCAGACGCUCCAGUUUGAUGAACAGACACUGAAGAAGGCAAGAAGAAAGCAAUGGAUUGAACCUCGGAAUUGUGCCAGGCGAUACCUUAAGGUGGACUUUGCAGAUAUUGGCUGGAGUGAGUGGAUUAUCUCCCCCAAGUCCUUCGAUGCCUAUUAUUGCUCUGGAGCGUGCCAGUUCCCCAUGCCAAAGUCUUUGAAGCCAUCAAACCAUGCCACCAUCCAGAGCAUAGUGAGAGCCGUGGGGGUCGUCCCGGGAAUUCCCGAGCCUUGCUGUGUGCCAGAAAAGAUGUCCUCGCUCAGUAUCUUAUUCUUUGACGAAAAUAAGAAUGUGGUACUUAAAGUAUAUCCUAACAUGACAGUAGAGUCUUGUGCUUGCAGAUAACCUGGCAAAGAACUUGUUUGAAUGCUUCAUUGAAUCAGUUUAUUUUUAUGAACUUUUUUUGCAUUGUCAAUGCGUUUCAUUCCAAAAGAUUUUUUAAUACUCAAAAAAAAAAAAAAAAACCCAGAAAGGAGCGAAUAGACUGACAAUUUCCACCAUGGAGAACUGGACUGUAUUUGUUUCUGAAUGUAACUCAGUGCAAGGAUUUAAUAAAUGUAAACAUCUAUUUCUGUUUUAAAAAUCACAUGAGGAAAAUGAUAACUCAAACUGUUUUUAGGACUGUUAGAGAACACAGUGAUUUAUUUUUUAAUGGGCUUUGAAAAUAGAUUGGAAAAACAGUGAUAGCUUAUCCUUCAUCUCCACGCAUAGAGAAUCAAAUACUUUCCUAUUUUGAAAGUAGGCUUACUGCCUUAGAUUCCUGAGCAACUCAGUAAAUGCUAAUAACCCAAUCAACGUUGAUGCUUAUCUUAAAACUGUUGGAGACUCCUGUUUAUCUGUGUUUUUCUGCACAAGGCAGAGUAUGAACAGUUGCGUGGCGAGUAUGUGCCAAGUGUCACGGGGGUGUGUGUGUGUGUGUGUGUGUGUGUGUGUGUGUGUGUGUGUGUGUGUGUCUGCACUGUCAGGUGCUUGUGCCUUCCAUAGGAAGGUUUGCUAAGCAUGGUUUUCUAAUUGGGCCUACACAGGAUUCCUUGUUGUUGUUUUUUUUAAUUUCAUGUUCUAGCCAGCACCAUUCAAUUAUGAGAACUUUACCAAAAAAGGAUCAAGUGAUCCAAGAGCAUAUGUAGAGAGUUACCGCUUGGCCCUGCCAUUUAAUUGGAAAUACAGUUGUUUUUAUUUCAUUGCCUCCCAGAAAAGGAAACCAGCAACCCCAUUUUCCAAAAUCCAGAUGUAAUUCCUCUCCUAUACCUCUCCUUGUAUGUAUGAGCUUUCCUUUGUUCUUUUAAGCUGAAUUCAAAAAUCCUUCCUGAAACCAUUAAAGUCUUAGUUCUCUUGCUAUGCAUUUACUUCCUGUGAAGUAAUCAAUCAAUGCCAAGGUUCAAAAACUGAUGGAAUCUUUAAAUGACCGAUUUAAUUACUAUCAAAGAUUCAUUAUCAUUCCUUGGCCACAUUCUGGUCCAGGCACUUUUUCACAUGGACCAAGACUUUUGAUUCAGUCAUGAAAGGUAUUCUUUAGCAAAAUUCACUAAAAAUUAUCCACCAAGAAAAGGAAUCAAAUACAGAUACUUUGUUUUUUUUCAUUUCCAUUUGUCAUAAGUAUGUCCUCUUAUACUUUUGUUCUUGAAUAUCGUCUCAAAUUUUUUUCACUCCCUGUGAAAACAUUCAGAAAUGUUUUCAGACUGUGAAUUGUCAUUGAUGUUAUUUAUAUCUGUGGUUAAAUUACUCCUCAUCUUACUUCAGUCUCACCUGGUUAGAGAUGACCCAGCCAUUGCAGAGGGUAUGAAGUAUCAGAAGACCUGGGACUUGCUCUAUCUCUGCCUAUGGUCCUCUAUUGUGGCUCAUCAGUUAAUAAGCAUUUAUUGAGCAUCUAUUUUGUAAAACACACUCUUUUAACCAUGUGUCUUUAGUGUCCUAAAAUGAAGAGUCUGUCUAAGCUGGAGAGCCCUUCUGGCACUGAAAAUUUGGGUGUAUAAUAUUGGCUGUAUCAUAUACAGCUUUCUUAAAUGGAUGAUAGCGGGACCUUAAAGAACAGCAAGUAUCUCUGUUCACAAACCAAAUGCAAAAACAUUCUCCUCUUCAGUGCUUGUGCGUGUGGAAGUCUCUGUUGAAGUAGUGCUUCUAUUUAUUGGAGCCCCAUUCACAGAUUACCACGAAAAGCAGCUCUUUGGUACUUUUGGAGUACACAAAGGUCGGCGUUCACAUGCAUUAAGUUCGUGAAUGAGCCACACCAGUUCUAAAUAAUAAAUUAAGUUCUGAUGCUUGAAUUACUGUGUUUCUUAUAGUUCGUUCUUCUGUUGUUGUUCUGAUAGAAUAAAGUUAAAGAUUUGAAAUGAGAUAGGUGAUAAAGAUUACUUUCAAAAACUUUUAAUCAAAAAUUUGAAAGGGAAAUUAUAUAAUAGAAGCAAGCCAGCUUGUGGUCACUGUCUAUCCCAGUCACACUGUUUUUCGAUAAAGAAAACUUAUUUUUUGUUGGUAGAUUUGAUGAAACUUUUAACUAGGUUUUUUUUUUUUUUCUAGAGGUAUUUCAAUCAAACCUCUUGCAAUUCCCAGUGUUGCGUUUCAGUCUUUUUCUCUCCAGGUGUCUCUUGCUACCUGUCUUAAUGGAAUUGAUGCCUACGUGUUACAAAUUAAAAAACCUAAAAUGGCCCCAAGUCCUCUAAAUAAUAAAAAUGUCCAAGUACAAACUAGUUAAGAUUUUAUUGUAAGUGGCAAUUUAUAUGACAAAAUUGCAACACAAAGCAAGCGCCCGGAUGGUCUCUCGGAUCACUACGGUCCUCAGCCAGCAGUUCUGCUGGGGGGCGGGGUGGGGGGGCGUCCCCUCAGGUCACCGCUGCAGCGAGGACGCGCUCCCGUGUGAACAGGAACAGUUUCAUUCCCACAUAAUACAGGAAGGUUACUUUUCACUAGUGGCAGUUGCAAUAAAUGAGUUAAUAUUUUAAUUAAUAAAAAUUUACUUGAAAUAGUCGGGAAAAUGAAUUAACGAUUUCACCAUUUGUUAGGUGCUAGUGUCUGUGUAAGUGCUACGUAGAUUUUUUUAUAAGUCUCCUGAUAUAAAAGUGGCCGUGGGGAGCAGUCACGUUUCUGACACCAUCCCGCAGUCACACGGCUCCCCAGGUCUCUCCGUCUCCCCCUCCCCCACCUCCGCCGUCCCCGUGGGUCUGUCUUUCUCCCAACCCCGACCCUGACCCCACUCCUGGAUGUGAGACACGAAGGCACAAACACAGUCACUCAAAAGAUGAAUUGUUUUUCAUUACUAUUCUCUUGAAUUCAAAUUCAGCGGCUACGGAUGUCAAUACAGGAUUUUCAAAGUAUUUUAUUGUAACCGUGUAAAUAGUACACAGUUUACAGGACUCGGGACUGUGGAAUUGCAACCAGAAGACCGGACCCCAGGUGGCAGGACGACCCCACAUUUUCACACUCGCCUGGCCGUGUAUUCGCUGAUGGUCAUUCGUUCAUUGAUUUCUACCUUAAUAGUUCUGAAAAAAAACUCUUGUUGCCCAUUUAAAUAUUUCAUAGGUAAUCGUAUCUGUAUAAUACUGUUAUCAGUCUGACAUAAAACAUUUUUAUAAUAACAUUACUCAGUUUAGUCUUUCUGCGAUCACUUUUCUCUGUGCUAAUACCUAACAAAGGUCUGGAUAUUGACUUCAUGUUGAAUCAGAAUCGGGUUAAAGAACAGCUAUGCACACCUGAUGCUUAAGAUUAAAUAUGAGAUUAAAUAAGAAACCUUGGGUAAGUCUGACUUCUCUGUAUAGCUUUUUUCCCCUUAAGAAAUGUAUUUUAAUGUAGUUUACAGGUGAUUCAAUGAUUGUCCUUUGCUAAGAGCCAAUCUUUCCUCUCAGCUUUCUGCCUAGUUUCUGUAAAUGUUUUAGUAGAGAAUUUAAUGCUUGUACAGUCUAUGGCAAUUUAAAAAAUAUAUUAUAUAUGUAUAUGGAAAAACUUUAAAGAUGCUUUUAAUUUAUUUAAUGAUUAUUGCCUUCCUAUAAUAGUCAUAAUUUCCAUCCUUUGAUGGUGAGGGGAAAACUCUUUUUACGACAGUUACUACAUGAAAAGUGAAAUUUGGGUCGUUGGUCAAGUCCACUUGCAGGGCCCACUGCGGUGGGUCUGGGGAGGACACUUCACUGCUGAUGCAGAAGCUUUGCUGACCUUGUAUCCUUCCCUCCAGCGAUGGAGGGCUUUCCAUGACAAGUGUGGAAAUAAAA